AUCGUCAGCUUUUCCACCCCCAAUACUUUUCGUUUCUUCCACUGAAUUUCAAGAAUUCAAGUCUUCCAGAUCAAGAUUAUUCAAUUCUUCCCCAAUCUUAAUUCAUAUAUAUAUAUUAUUCUGCUGUCUUUACAUCCAUUCAUUUGUAGGAUUCCUUCCGUUUUACGCGAUAACACAAACCCUAAUUUCUACACUCGAUCCAACACUUCCAUUCAGUCUAACGCAAUGCUUCACAAGAGCUUCAAGCCUGCUAAAUGUAAGACGUCGUUGAAACUAGCAAUCUCGCGGAUCAAAUUGAUGAAAAAUAAGAAAGGAGUACAGAUUAAUCAGAUGAAACGAGAUCUAUCUCAGUUGCUUGAUACAGGCCAAGAUCGUACUGCACGUAUUCGAGUUGAACAUGUGAUUCGGGAAGAAAAGAUGGUGGCAGCAUAUGAGUUGAUUGAGAUAUACUGUGAACUUAUUGUAUCACGCAUGCCCAUUAUUGAAUCCCAAAAAAUUUGUCCCAUGGACCUGAAGGAAGCAGUCACAAGUGUGAUAUUUGCAGCUCCUAGAUGUUCCGACAUAUCAGAACUUUCUGAUAUCCGAAAACAUUUCACCAGAAAAUAUGGGAAAGAGUUCAUUUCUGCAGCUACCGAGCUACGUCCUGAUUGUGGUGUAAGCCGCUUGUUGGUUGAGAAGUUAUCUGCGGUAGCUCCUGACUUGCAGACAAAAAUUAAAGUAUUAAGUGAUGUGGCGAAAGAACACAACAUCAAAUGGGAUCCAACUUCGUUUGAGGAGAAAGAGUCGAAGCCUACAAGCGACUUGUUGAAUGGGCCAUCGAGCUUUGAGAAGAUCGGCAUGACAACUGUUGAUCCUCCUAAGACUCAAGCUUCAAAUAGCGAUGUGGUGCAUAGUCGUAAAGAAAAACAGGAUGCACCGAUUGAUUUCGCUCAGCAGAACAGAAAAUACACACUCGACACUCGUAAUACAACUUCUACAGAUAAUGUUGGCGUUGAAACAUCAUCUGCCGCUACUCAUGCUGAUAUGAGGUCUUCAGGAGUAACUUCUGAGAGGAUGGAAAUGAGGCAGCCAGUUCCCAGGGGCAACAAUGACUUUUCAUCAGGUAGGGAGAACUGGAACAUGGAAUUCAAGGAUGCUACUUCUGCAGCACAAGCAGCAGCCGAGUCUGCAGAACGAGCAGCAAUGGCUGCUAGAGCUGCUGCGCAAUUCUCGAGAGAUGAGAAGAUUGUCAAGCAGUAUCCAACUGGAUCACAUGUGUCUGACAUUAGGGACGAAGCUUCUCGUGUUUCUGCUCCUUCAGGAUUUACUGGGGAACAUCAUUCUCGAGAUUUGAAUGAAAGCUCCUCUCAUGAUAGAAAACCUAAGAUGCUGAAUCAGAAAACAGAUCGAAGUGAACAUAAUACUUCAAAAAAAGCUACUGAAAGAUUUGCUGGGGAUAGUCAUGGUGGUAAUUCAAGAUCCAGUAUGCCAACUUCCUUUAGAUCCAAUAAUGAUUCAAUUGAGGAUGAGAAAUUGGUAAACAAUUUCCACAUGGCAGAUGGGUAUUUUGAAGAAUCCUUGAAUCAAGAUCAAGAUCCUGAUCCUGAUCCUCCCCAUCCGAAAAUGACUACUUCGGAAGGAUUUGAAGAAUCUAAAGCUGAGUUGGCGAGUGGCAAGAAAGAUAGUUCAGAAUCCGAAGAUAUUAAUUGCUUCGCAGAAGAAUCUACUAAAACGCAACCAACCCAUGGAUCCUCUCAUUCUACCAGUGAUGAACUUGAAGUGCCUGACCAUCAGAAAUUUACUAAAAGAAGUGUUGUUGGUAAUCCUUUUGCUGCUGUCGGCGAAAGAAACCUUUUUGCGAAAACGAACUCCAAUCUUGAUUCCGGUAGAGAUGAUGAAGCUAUCUCUGAUGAUGAUGGUGGUGGCCCUAGGUUUGAUACGGGAUUUGAGGACGAUGAAGUAUCUCCUACUCGUUCCCUAGAAAAUGAUCAGAUGUGGAACAAGAGCAACACAAUUGAGCAGGUAAGUUCUCAAUCACCUCUUUUUUCAGAAAGUGUCUCCUUCCCUGACCACUCAGUGAAAUAUACGGCACCUUUAGAGACGGAUGAUCACAUUCUUGCGAAUUUUGAUCGUUCGGAUGGUCCAGAUUCCGAAAGUGAAACAGAUCUUUUCUCUACAAAUCCUGAACCAUUAUCUUUGGAGUCUAAGCAAGAUUUUAAUUCAAGAAAAAACCGAAUUGAAUUGAAUGAUUUGGUUGAAAAGGAAUCAUCUUUUUUCAACCCUGAGGAUGAAGAGAAAGACCAAGAAUCAGUUGAUACAUUUGAAGGUGGUAAGAAUGAUUCCUUAAAUCAAUCUAAUGAUUUGGAUGCUAGAAAGGAGUUAAACUUUGGAACAUUGACCGGCGGUCUUCGAAACAAAGGUGGUCUUAGGUACCCACCGUACACCAAAAGUCCAGUAUCUAAUGCCUCGGAUUUGUACAAGAAGUCGGUUGAGGAAAGUUCUGUAACAGGAGGCGAAACAUCUGGUUUAGAUUCGGUAAUGAAUAAGAUGGAAGAUAAAAGACCAAAUUUUUGUGUUUCUAUAUCAAGUUCUGACUCUGAUUCAAAUGAUUACAAGCUUCCGGUACAGUCUUCUGAGAAAGCAAGCAAGCAAGCAAACACCAGAUCACGAUAUCCGUCUUCUGCUGCAUUCUUCGAUGAUGAUGAAGGAACUGAUUCUGAGAAGGAGGAAAUGGUUUUGAAACAAGCAUCGAGUAGGGUUCGUUUGGGUUCAGGGGUUUCUCGAAGGACAAGAGGACCUCCUGCGCCCAAAACAGUAAUUUCUAGCUCUAGUGACUACAAGAAGCCCAGUCAGAAUUCUUACUCAGAUGACGAUCUAGAUGAGCCCCGUUCCUAUGCAAGGCGGUUCGAAGAAGUUGCUAAACAAAUUCCUGAAUCACGGCAAACGUUUAUCCCUGCAAGAAAAACGACAGAAAUUGGUAGCACCGCAGCACAAGAAAGGACCAGCAAUCGGUCUUAUGGUGAUGAAAUCCCAUCUGUGAAUUUGAAAGAAGAGGUUGUGGAGACGAUCCGAGAGCAUAAGAUCCCGACUCGCAAACCCGCUCGUUCGAUAAACACUGUUGAAUCGGGUAAAACCAAGAUCACCAGAGGAUCUCCUUCGGUUCCUUAUUCAAAAAGUCAUGUUGAUCCCGUACACGAGCCUGAAACGGUUGUCUCCGGUUCGGUUCCUUUCUCAGAUGAACCCAGUUCUCCAAGGACGAGUGGUGAAUCAGGAGGUACUACCAGUUUAGUUAAGAAAGCAAUCCAUGUUCAUCCGAAGCUUCCUGACUAUGACUCGAUAGCUGCUCGUUUAGAGUCCCUACGAACAAGUCGCCCGUAAGUACAUAUACGUUUUCUGUGUAGAUAAUACAUGUAACGUCGUAAACUGCUUGUUUAUAUAUUUGUGUAUUGAUUUGUUUGUUUAUCGUUUGAAUAAUAGAAAAGGCCGAUUUUUAUACGAGGUUGUAAUACCGGAUGGUUUGUAGUAAACCUUUCUUUAUGUAGUUGUAUUAAGAAGUGCUUGUUUUUUUAGCA